GUGGCAGGAUUAAUUGGCUCAGGUGCUGUAGGGCAGAGGAUUACUAGCAGUGGCCUCAUGGGGCGCUAUAAAGGGCAAAGAAGCCUUCACUCGGCCAGGGGCAGCAUUUGGCCAUUGGAACCGCCCACUUCCUGUUUUCACACCUCCGGCUAGCCUCACAGGUAAAGUAGCGGUGGUAGGCUAAGGACAAGAGUUUGUUCGCUGCCUCAUAUUAACACACUCUUUCAGCUCCGGAUGAGACCUGCAGGCACAGAUUGAGCAAAAUACAGCCUCUGCCAUCGAGCGCGCCUCCCAGGUGACGAACAGUCUGUCUGGUAAGCCGGCGAGGGUCAAGUCCUGCGCUUGCCUUUAAGCUGUUCUUUUUUUGUUUUAUUUUGGUAAUGUUUGUUGUUCUUGCAGCGCCGGGGACUUUCUGACGCUCCCACCUGCUGAACAGCUGCUGCUUUUUAUAUAUUGAAUUUUAGAAUUAUUUUAAGGAACUGUCACCGCUCGUGAUCAGAAUCCCUGUAGACUCCUGACCAGGGUUCUGCCGGGCCCGGGUGCUCCUCAGCUGCCUUUGAGCCUGAGCAACGGAGGACUAACGGGGCGUCACGCCUGAAUCCUCCACCAACGAGAAUAAAAGCUCGGCCGCGCUCCGUUCAUUGAGCAGCACCCUACGGGCGGACUUACUCUCACGAGAGUUUCUUUUAUUUUGCUUUUAGCAUUUUUACACAAUUCUUUUAGACCUGUGUUUUAACUGGAUUUUAUUGUGUGAUCCACCUUUGUUUCCCCCCUCCCUCAGUGCUGAGGACUCAGGUGCCAGCCCAGAAUUCUAGGUGGAGGCUAUCCCCCCAGUUUGGAGUGACGUGUCCUUGGGUGAAGGUUUCACAGUGUGUGUGUGGUCUGCAUCACAAGCAGCAGCUGGUUCCGCUUGGAAGUGAGGAAGGUGAUUUGUGCAAGGUAACUUGGCAUCCUAAUAACCUUGGAAAGUGGACUUUGUUUUGUUGGGACCUCUAGGUUUAAGUAAUGGAAGGACAGGUCCAGGAUUUGACAGACCUGGUUUCACGGCUGCAAGCUGAAAAUGAGAGGCUGCGGCAGCAACAAGCAGCAGCUUCUGGCCCUGGUGCAGCACCUGCCACUUUGGCUGGGCCUUCGACCAAUCCUCCCGUGGUUGAGAGACUGUUGUAUGUCCCUAGAGACAGAAAAUGUCCCAUGUUUAGGGGACGGACUGGUAUUGGGCUUACGGAGUGGCUUGAGGAGGUGCAGGCUUGCAUGAGGACCCGCCAUUUAAGUGUAGCCGAUCAGGCGUUCUUUUUGUUCGAUCACCUGGAGGGAGAGGCCCGCGACGAAAUUAAAUAUCGCCCUGGUUCCGACAGGGAGGACCCGGCUAGGGUCAUUGCAGUGCUGCAGGAAUUAUACGGAUGCACUGACUCUUAUGUUGCCUUGCAGGAGGCAUUUUUUUCUCGUCGGCAGCAGGAAGGUGAGACACUGCAUGAAUACUCCCUGGCUUUAAUGAGCCUAAUGGCCUCCGUUAAGGGAGCUGCACCUAGUGGUGUUCCAAAUGCAGAGAUUUUAUUGCGGGAUCAAUUUGUGGAACAAGUUUUUGACUGUGCCCUACGCCGUGAAUUAAAACAGUUUGUGCGCCGACAGCCCACCGCUACGUUGCUGGAGGUUAGGGGUGAGGCAAUGCAGUGGGAGCGGGAGGGUCUCCCUGGAGGCGUACGGAGUCGUAGUUACUCCGUCCCCUCUGUCCCUGGGUUCCAGUGUGGCGUUGGGGGUAGUUCCCAAUCAGUCCCUCCGGUGUCCGAACUAUCGGAGAUAAAGGAGAUGUUAAGGCUCCAACAAGAGCAGAUCCUCCAGAUGUCUCAGGACCUGCUACGCCUGCAGAAUCCUAGCCAGGCCAGUCGUCCCCCUCGUCGUGGUCCCAUUAUUUGCAGAAGGUGUCAGCAGCCUGGGCAUUUUGCCCAGGAUUGUGAUGGCGUUCGGGUGGCUCCUUCGGCCCGCCCAGUCUCGCCUACCCAAAGGUCCCGCCAGAGAAAUAAUAACACCCCAUCACCAUCGGAAAACUAAUGCCCACCGAGUUGUUGAGCCACAGCUCGGAGGGGGCAGCCGCUGGCUCCAAGGGGGAGUUUGAUGGACUUCUGGCAUCUUGUCCUCAUUUACAGGUGUGCAU